AUGAGGAGCGCGGCGAAGGGGGCCGGACGGACAGGCCAUGCUGCCCCCUCCCCCGACCCCGCUCGGGCGGGCGGGCGGGGACGGCCAAGGGGAGGGCCCGCCGGGGGCCGACCUGCCGGCUCCUCCCCCCGCCGCCCUGCGCGCAUAAAGCCCGGCGCGCGCCCGGGCGCCCGCGGAGGCGGCGGCGCCGGGAUCCCCCCCUCCCUCGGGGUUCCUGUGUGUCCGGGGGGCGAGCGAGGUCCCCUGAUUCCGGGUGCGGGCUCGGGCCUGGGGCGCGGCCGCACCCCUCACCCACGGCGCGGGGGGCCCAGCCACGGGGAACGCCCUCCCGGGAUGAAGCGCUUCCCGGCUCUCCCAGGUUCUCAGCAUCCCCUGGAUUGGGAGGUGGAAUGGAGAGCAUCGUGUGCUUACCAUCUCAACCUAAGCUGGAACCUGAGAACUUCCGGUUCCUUGUUCCGAGACACACCGGGAAGGGCGGAUCUUCCUCUUGAGAAAGACAUCUCGCACAAGUGGCAUUGCACCCAGCAACCGACCAGAGAUGACGUAGCCUGUAUCAAGUAUCUAUAGAACACCUACCUUCUAGCUACUACCCCAGGU